UCUGCAGAGCUUCUGGGUUCGCAGAGCAGCUGGGUUCUGCAGAGUUGUUGGUUCUGAAGAGCUACCGGGUUCUCCACGCCAACCCCAAUCAGGCUUAUCCAGUCAAGCUGCACCGUUGGAGAUUUUAGUUGACCACAAUAGCCGGGAGGAUGUUGACUCUGCUGACCGCGAUGUAUUUGGUGGUUCGGGCGGCGAACUCGGAGGCCGAACCCAUCCGUGUCGUGGUGACUGGCGCAGCUGGCCAGAUCGCCUACUCUUUGCUGUACAGCAUCGCCAAGGGAGAUGUCUUCGGCAAAGACCAGCCCAUCAUCUUGGUCCUUCUUGACAUCCCCCCCAUGCUGCCGGUCCUGGAUGGGGUCGUCAUGGAGCUGCAAGACUGUGCCCUGCCACUGCUGAGGGAAGUCAUCCCCACUGACAAAGUGGAGGUCGGAUUCAAGGACUUGGACGCGGCCAUCUUGGUUGGCUCCAUGCCCAGGAAGGAGGGCAUGGAGAGGAAGGACCUGCUGAAGGCCAACGUUGCCAUCUUCAAGGCCCAGGGGGCGGCGCUGGAUAAGUACGCCAAGAAGACCGUCAAGGUGCUGGUGGUGGGGAACCCAGCCAACACCAACUGUCUGAUCGCCUCCAAGUCGGCUCCCUCCAUCCCCAAGGAGAACUUCUCCUGCCUGACCCGUCUGGACCACAACAGGGCCUCCUCCCAGGUGGCGAUCCGCUGCGGCGUGCCGGCGGACAAUGUGAAGAACGUCAUCAUCUGGGGCAACCACUCCUCCACCCAGUACCCCGACGUGCACCACGCCAAGGUGACGGUGCAGGGCUCCGAGGUGGCCGCCUACGACGCCGUGAAAGACGACGCCUGGCUCAAGGGAGAAUUCAUCUCAACGGUCCAGCUGCGUGGCGCUGCCGUCAUCAAGGCCAGGAAGCUGUCCAGCGCCAUGUCUGCCGCCAAGGCCAUCUGCGACCACAUGAGGGACAUCUGGUUUGGGACCAAAGAGGGCGAGUUCAUCUCCAUGGGUGUGUACGCCGGGGGCAACUCCUACGGCAUUCCUGAGGAUCUCAUCUACUCAUUCCCCAUCCAGCUCAAGAACAAAGGCUGGAAGGUCGUGGACGGGCUGCCCAUCAACGACUUCUCCCGGGCCAAGAUGGAGGCCACGGCCGCCGAGCUGGUGGAUGAACGCGACACCGCCAUGGCCUUCCUGUCCCAAUGACUGUCGCCUGGGCAACAACAACAGCACUUAGACCCCCCUGAGUCCCCCGUCUCCCGGCUCUGAGGACCCCCGCUCCGACCUCAGCAGCCCUGCGUGUCUCCUCCCCGGUCCUCGUUUGUGUAUGUGUGUUUUACUUGGCCUCCUUCUAUGGUUUUAAGGAAGAAUCAACGUUUGGCUGUCCUGUCCUGACCUGGGGAAACUGUCCCUUUCUUUGGUAGAGAACACCCGCUAGCUGUCCAAGAGCUGUGACUGGAAAAUACUAUUCAACAAUAAAACAAAACUGAUAAAACUA